CGUUUGCGGCGUGACGACGACAGCUCCCUGGACCGGCCCGCGCGCGCGUGCCAUACGUGCCACCAGGGACGUACGACGCCGGCCGGCCGAGAUGGAGUUCACGUCGUCCUACUUCCACGCCUUCGGCAACCCCGACUUCGCGGCGGUGUUCUCGGGCGGCAGCGCGCAGGCCCACCGGCCGCGGCGCUCCACCGACGGCAGCGCGAAGGCGGCGGAGGACGGCAGGAGCCCCACAUCGGCCACGGCGAGGCGCGCGCCGUCCAUGUUCUGCGUCCCCGACACGGAGGCCGAGGAGCCCAACAGCUUCCUGGACGAGUGCACCCUCUGCCGCAAGGCGCUCUGCGGCGACAUCUUCAUGUACAGAGGGGACACGCCGUUCUGCAGCGACGAUUGCAGGAGGGAGCAGAUCGAGAUGGACCGCAUCAGGCACCGGAGGAAGAAGCAGCAGGCCCUCGUAGCGGCGCAGCAGCAAGCGGCGGCGGCGGCGAUGGCGCAGAGGGACCAGCGUACCCAGCGGCAGCUUCAGCCACAGCACUAGACGGAGGAGCUCGCGCGGCGGAAGCUUCUUCACAUACACCGGUUCCGGGCUUGCUCGUCCCAACGUACCAAGGGAUGGCGAAUGAGGAAUUCUUGCACGUUGCUAGUACUAGACAAGGAUUCUCCUCGAUCGUAAGGACCAAGUAGCCACGACCCUAGCUUGUUUGCGUCUGUAUCCGACGCGAAACAACGAAGUGAGCGGAGGUUUUUCGUGUCCUGCAAUUACAUGAGCAAUCCAAGCCUUGCUCGUUUUUUGUUUGGCUCCUGAGUCCUGAUUAAAAUUGGGGCCAUUGGAGCUACUAAACGAGCUCUUUUCUCUAUCAAAUCCGUGCCUUUUGUAAUCUUUUAGAGGAUUGCAUGCAUUUUUU